UUCAUGAGUAUAGUUAGUUCUGUGGUUUGACUGAAAAACACCAACGGAAAAGAAGAUUAUUACUACAAUUAUUACAAUCAGGCUUCAAGAAACCCCCUCUUACUUGAAAGACAAAAACAAGCGUAAAAAGAGAGAAAAAGCAGAAAGAAACCAUGUCUACUCCUGGAAUGCUUUACGUGACCAUGCAACCCAAGCCAGGGUUACCAAUACCGCAGUUUCACGAAUGGUAUAACAACGAGCACGGCCCGACCCGGCUUCGGCUGCCGCAAAUCUUCCCGAACGGGCUUCGGUAUCGUGCCACCGACGGGAAGACCCCCGAGUUCUUGGCCGCCUAUGACGUGACGUCCAUGUCUCACCUGCAAACCAGCACCUACACAUCGCUGCGAGAAAACCGCUCGUCUCGCGAGGCCGACACCAUAGGCCAGGUCGACGUCAAGCGAUACUUCUGGGACUCGGUGUUCGCCAAGGAGUCCCCGCUCUUCGUCCCCCUCGAGCAGCUGACGGACGACGAGGCCGAGGGCAUUGUCUUACUCGCGUUGGAGCUCAAGCUGACCGAUGCGGCAGACGCUGAACCCGUGUCGCGGCAGUGGCUCGAAGAGCAGCACGUGGACAUGCUGUCCAAGAUCCCCGGCUGGCUGCGAUCGCGCGUCCUCCGAACGUCUACUCUAGAGGUCGGUGCACCUGUAUCCUUCAUCGCCCUCCACGAGUUCGCCAAAGCAAACGAGCUCGGCGAUGUAGCCCAGCAGCCAGCGGCCAAGACCCCCGGAUGGGAGGAGGAGAUCGCCGGAAAGUACGCGACCCUGGCUUCGCAAAGACAAUACUCCCUCUUCUACGUCUUCGGCCCCGCCCCGCGCGACUUACACAACCUCUCCCUCCUCCCAUCCCCACAAUCCACCUUCGUCUCCGCCGACGCUCUCACCAGCACCUCCAACGCCGACGCCGCCGGCCCCGUCAUAACCUCGUACGUGACCGCCCCCUCCGACGGCCUCCCCAUCCCCUACCGCCUCGAAGGCAACCCCGACCCCGCCGCCCCCACCAUCGCCUUCUGCAACUCGCUGCUCACGUCCCUGCACAUGUGGGACGCGUUCGUCGCGAUCCUCAGGGCGCAGCGCCCGCAGUACCGGAUCCUGCGGUACGACUCGCGGGGCCGCCACGCCCUUCCCGCGCCCGUGCCCGCGACCCUCGACAUCCUCGCCGACGACCUCGCCGCCCUGCUCGCCGCCCUGCGCAUCCCCCGCCUGCACGCCCUCGUCGGCGUCUCCCAGGGCGGCGCCACCGCCCUGCGCUUCGCGCUCAAGCACCCCGCGCUCCUGCAAACCCUCGUCGCGUGCGACUUCAACGCCGCGUCCAGCCCCGCCAACACGGGCGCCUGGAAGGAGCGCAUCGCGAUGGCGGAGUCCCACUUCGCCGACGACGAGCAGGCGAAGACGCCGGUGCCCGGGAUAAGGAGGCUCGCGGAGAUCACGGUAAGCCGGUGGUUCCACCCGCUCACCACCGCCCGGCAGCCGCAGACGGUGAAGUGGAUGGAGGACAUGGUGGCGGCGAACGACGUCCAGGGCUUCCGCUUCGGGUGCCAGGCGCUCUGGGACUACGACAUGCGGCCGCUGAUGCCGGCGUGCGGCGUGCCGGCGCUGCUGGUGGCGGGGGAGGGGGACGGGGGCGGCGCGCUGGUCAAGGCGAUGAAGGGGUUUGCGGGGCAGUUGGGAGAAAAGGGGGCGGAGGUGGUGGAGGUGAAGGAGGCGGGGCACCUGCCGAUGGUGGAGAAUCCGGCGGGCUUUUGGGAGGCUGUUGAGGGGGUUUUGUAGUUUUGUGGGAGGGGGUUGGUUCCACGCGCAGGUCGUUUCUGAUAGCGAAGAUAUCUGCUCGUGAUUAUUAAAGAAAUAAAAAAUGGUUGUUUAAGUUUCGCGUGAAGAGGUCGUGGUGAUCUUGACGCUUACGUCGAGUUUCGUAUUGAGAGUGUAGAAGCAGUGGUUUGGUGCUCGGUUUGAAAAGGGGGGGCAAAGGGGGAAUCUUCUGAUGAUGGAUCAUUGGGUGCCUACCCCUUAUGGUUGCAGAUCCAGGCAAGUGCACGAAGACGUAGGUAUCUACCUAGGUACCUAGGCAGGUAAAUUCCAAGGUUACUUGCCCUGGUGAUAUGUAUAGGAGCAACAGACCGUCACUACCUACACAUUUGCUUUUCGUGACGGUGCUUCAGGAUCCCAGUACUAAUAGAUAACCCCAAUCCUGGACAGAGCCUAGGUUUUAUUCUGCGAAAACACUAUGAUAGAAUAUCUCAAGUUACUCCUUAUUGUCGAAAGAGGGUAGAGCAUUACGUAUUAGGGCACACAUCAGAUGAUCAUA